UCCGCCCCGCCGGCCGCCCGGCUCCCCGCCGCCGCCGCCGCCGCCGCCGCCGCGCCUGCUGCAUGCUCGGUGCCGCCUCAGCCCCAGCCGGAGGGGGAAGAUGGCGGAGCCGGGGCCGGAUUGCAGCUCUCUGCUCGACGAGGAUCUUUCUUCCUUCGUCUUCAGUUACCUCGCUGACAGCCAGUACGAGGUGUCUGGCGAGGAGCACCUCUACUCUGACUUCCCCGAGAUUGAUUUGUCUCAGCUGGAUGCCAGCGACUUCGACUCGGCCGGCUGCUUCAGCGAGCUGCAGUGGUGCGGGGAGCACUCGGAGACCGACUCCAGCCAGUACAGCACCGACGACUCCGAGCUCUUCCAGAUAAUAGACAGCGAGAAUGAAGCGCUGCUGGCAGCCCUCACCGAGACAUUGGAUGAUAUACAGGGAGAUGACAUGGGCCUGGCUGCCUUCCGAACUAUGGAAGAGGGGGACACGCUCAACCAUGCCUACACCUCGCCUGCCCCCUCCCCCAAACCCACCGCCCCGGUCACGGGGGGGCCGCCCCCGGCCCCCGAGUUUGAUGAGCUGUCUCUACUGAAGAAGUUGCUCCUCUCUCCAUCGCACGUGCCUCCGAGCUGCGAGGCUCAGCGGGACGGGAGCGCCCGGCGCCCGGGGACCCCUAAGUCCCGACCCGCACGGCCCUGCACAAAGGUGGAGGGUCCCCGGGACAGGAGGGCGAGCGUCCCGCAGGCGCAGAGCCGCAGCUGCACCGAGCUGCACCGGCACCUCACCUCCACCGCCCCCUGCCCCCAGACCAAAGCCCCCCGGGCACCUGAAGAGUGCCCCAGCGGCCGCCGCCACCGGUCCCCGGGCGACUGCGCCCAUCACGAGGAUGACAGUGACUCCAGUGAGGACUCGCUGAGCUCCGGCGACUCGGUGACCCCCCCCUCCUCGGGGGAGGAUGGCUCCGGCAGCCAGUUCUCCUGUGAGGGGGAGAUGCACUCGGUGGUGGAGCUCAUCCGCUACAUGCACACCUACUGCCUGCCACCGCGGAAGCUGCCCGGCCGCGAUGCCGCCGACGCCAAGCCCCAGCCCUGCAGCAGCCCCUUCAAAAGAGCCAAACCGGACUGCCCCGCGCAGCCGGGCCCCCCCGGCAGUGCCCAGAACCGGCCGGGCUGCACCUGGCAGGUGGCCGGGGGAUGCAAGAAGCCCGGAGCAUCCUUCUCUAUCCUGAAGGAGCUGCUGGCGCGGGACCUGCUGUGCGACGUGAGCAAGCCAUACCGCCUGGGCAAGCCCGUGUACGCCGCCCUGGCCCGGCCGCCCGGCUCCCGCUCCCCUGUGCCACCAGCCCAGGAUGGGGAGGAUGCCGGUGGGACCUGCACAUCCAGAGCCAAAACGGCACCGGAGAAGGGUGAGCCGUGGCAGAGCCCCGGGGCCGAGGCAGAGGCACUGCGGGAGCCGGCUGGCCUCGAGGACGAUGCUGGGAAGCGUGCGGGCACCCCGGGCGCAGCCGCAGGAAAAGCGGCCCGCAAGCAGGAGAGCACCGUUUACGCCGUCCGCCGGUCCAAGAGACUCAACCCCGAGCUCGGCCACUGGCUCUCCUUCCUUGACGAGCCGCCCCCCGAGCCCUCCGUCCCCCGGGAGGCAGGGGAUGGCCGCGGCCCCCGGGACGCCCCGGCCUGCAGAGAGCCCGCACCGUGCCCAGUGCUGGAGGGCUUCUCCGCCGAAGAGCCCGCGGCCGAAGUGGAGGUGGGGGGCCCGGCACCGCCGGCAGAGCCCCAGCCCCUCUCCCUGGGCUCCCCGGGGGACGGCGAGGCGGGUGACGGGGCUGAGAGCCGGCGCUGUGCCCUCCUGGAGCAAGCAGAAACACCCAGGUGUCUCACGCUGUCCUUGGCACAAACUGACCCAACCUUUGGGAAGAGAAGCUUUGAGCCGAUGCUGACGGUGGAGCUGUGUGGGACAGCAGGUCUCACGCCGCCCACCACUCCGCCGUAUAAGCCCGCCGAGGAGGACCUGUACAAGCCAGACAUCCCCCAGGAGCCAGGGAAGGAGGACGGGACGGCCCCCAGCCCCGGGGGCGCAGGGGACGCAGCAGCCUCCCGGAAAGCCCCCAGGAAGCACCCCGAGAGGACAGAGCUCUUCGCCCACCUCAGCCGAGCCGUCGGGCGCCCCGUGCUCCCCGAGCAGCAGGGCGUGCUCAAGCGGCCCUUCUCCCGCUCCUUCGGGGACCACGACUACUGCCAGGUGCUGAAGCCCGAGGCCGCCCUGCAGAGGAAGGUGCUCAAGUCUUGGGAGCCCCCGGGCCAGGUGGAGACCGAGCACAAGAGGAGGGUCCCGGCCGCCCACUACCAGGGGCUGGACCUCGGCGGCAAGGAGGCGGGCGGCGAGAUGCUGUGGAAGGACGGCGUCAAGCAGCUGAGAGACCAGGAGAUCAGAGCCAGCUUAACAAAGCACUUUGGCUUUCUGGACAGUGCUCUCGAUGACGAGGACAUGGUCUUCUGCAAGACCCCCGAGUACGACACUGUCUUUGAAGACAGCUGCAGUGAGAGCGGCUCCCCCUUGGAGGAGGAGGAAGAGGAGGAGGAGGAGGAGGAGGAGGAGGAGCACGGCGACACCAAGCUGUGCCUGCGGAGAAACCCCCUUUCCAGGACCACUUUGCAUUACUGUUCCCGGAGCAGGUCCAGUUCAGGGUCUUCGUGCUGCCGGUCCCGAUCGCCCGCAAGCAGACGCACCUUCAGGUGUGAGAACAGCGAGCAGUGUCAGGGCGGGAGCGGGCACCGGGGCCAGCUGGAGAAGAGACGGGAAAAGGCCAUCGGGGAAGGCCGUGUGGUGUAUAUCAAAAACCUCUCCAGCAGCAUGAGCUCCAGUGAACUGAAGAAACGCUUCGAAGUGUUUGGUGAAAUCGUGGAGUGUCAGGUCCUGUCCAGGACUAACAGGGGGGAUAAAUAUGGCUUGAUCACCUACCGGUAUUCAGAGCAUGCCGCCUUAUCUCUGAAGAACGGCACCUCGCUAAGGAAGAGGAACGAGCCUUCGUUCCAGCUCAGCUCUGGUGGCCUCGGGCACUUCGUCUGGACCAGAUACACUGACUUGGAUUGCAGCGUGGAGGAGUCCUCCCCAGCUCCAGUGAAAAGCAAGUACGAGACCAUGGAUUUCGACAGCUUGCUGCAGGAGGCCCAGCUAAGCCUGCAUCGGUAACAGCCUUAACCUUGGAGGAAUACCUCAAUACCUCAGUCAAGGCACUUCCAAUAUGUUUACGUUUUCAAAGAAAUUAUUCAGUCUAUGGAAAGCGAGAGAGAGCGAGAGAGAGCGAGAGCACGCACGCACGAGAGAGAGACUGCUGUCCCUUCCGAUCGAUGUUUACAUUGAACAAAGCUGCUUCUGUCUGUGAGUCCCCAUGGUGUUGAUGUCUCACUGCCACACGUUAGUCCCCCCCGCUUCUGACUGGUUGUUUUAGGGUGAGCCUAGGAGCCCCCCACCCCCUCUCCCCCCUCCUGGCCCCCCCGGUGCUCCCGCCGCGGAGUUGCAGCUGUGUUCACCAUAACAUUUUUUUGUCCGUAGUGUGUGAUGAUGAAAUUGUUAAUUGUGAAUAGAAUCAGGAUUAUAAACUAAUUUUUAAUAGAAGAAGAAGAGAAAAAAAAGUAUAUACUUAAAAAAUGUAUUUAUGGCUCAGAUGUACUGUAAUUCAGAUUUAUUGUACCGCUUCCUUGAUUUUUAACUAUGCACUGUAAUGAGGCACUUGCCACUCAGCAAAUGGGGGGUCAGAGCAGAGUCAUGGAGCCAGCAUUCACCCGUCAGCCGCGGAGGCGCCCGCCUUCCCUGCCGGCAAACCGGGGUGCUCGGCAGUCGCAUCGGGGUCACCCACUUUGCUAUCAAAGCCAUUCUUCUUGCUCGCGUGGCCCGAGUCCCCCAGCCCCCAGCCCCCAGCCCGCCUGGGUCGCGGGACCCAGAUGCUGAGCUCGGUCCUGGCGCGCGACGGAGCCGGCGGGCGGUGGGGCACGCCGGCCCCGUGCCAUUCUUGCUGUGGGGCCCGGCAGCUUUCCAGGCAUGAAGGAGAGGGGUGGUAAAAGGACGCACUGCCCGGGGGGCUGCCGGCGCUGCUCCAGCCCUCCGCUGCCUUUGGAGCCAGGAGAGAGGGGCCGGGGGGCCGGAGCCGGCCAGGCUUGAUCCGACGGGUCCUGCCGGCACAGCCUGGGGGACGGAUGCCUCCGGGUCCCUGCGAGGGAGCUGGCUUCUCUCCGGCUCCUUGGGCAGCUGGGAGACCGGCCAGGCCGAGCGGCUUGCUCCCCGCUCGCUUCCACCCCCUGCAAAGCGAGCGGGGCGAGAAGAUCUGUCUGUGAUCCCUGCCCGGCAGCCAGCCCAAAAUCCAGAGAGGCAGGGAGGCAGGAGCGGGGCACGGCAGCCGCGCCGAACGCCCACCCUGCCUGCGCUCUGCCCGGUACCUGAUAAGCCAUACACUUCCCCAGCACCCAGGUUGGCACCCAGGACCUGUCGCCCAUGCCCACCAGCGCCCCGUGGCACGCUUGCCCGCUCUGCCUCUGGCCGGGGGCCCUUGGGGCUGCCUGGCAGUGCUGGAUUUAAGGCGUGCUCAAGCAGCACCCCCACGAAAUCUGCUUGCAAACUUGCCCUCCAUCUCCGGGCGAGGAGGGAGGGGGAGAGAGCCCACCACCGGCUGGAGCAAACCCCGCCGCGUGCUGGCCAGAGGCACUGUUUUCCUGAGGGAGCGGGAAUCUGGCUGCUCCUCAAGCCAUCGCCAUCGUCUCCAUUUAUUUUUCAGGCCCAGAGACCACUAGGGAUUCAGCCAUCCUAUGUAGAUAGAAUAUUAUAGCCUUAACUCUGCCAAUAGAUAGAUUAGAGUCUCCUGGGGUCUCCCCUCAACAUGACUUAGGGGUUUUAUUCUCAUUUCCCUGGCGUGGGUACUCUUUCGUCUUGCAGGGAGCGUGACCAAAGCCUCUGAAAUUGCGUGAGGUGCGAUGCCGAGAGCCUGAGUGCUGCCGAGGUGGCCCUUGGCUCCGGGGCCAUGCGUGCAGCUGGUCUCUGGCGGGAGCAGGAAUGCCGGCAGCGCCGAUACCAGCACAGUUACCUGGCUAUUUCUCUCCGCUUUUGAGGGAGCCGUGGUUCUGACGACGACCAGCCCGGCGGCGCGAGGGCCCACGGGCCACUGCGGGGUUUGAACUGCGGGUCCCCAGUCUGCCGCCGGCGGCGAUCACUGUCAGGGAACAGUCCUCGUGCCGUUGCAGUCUCAGCAGCGAGGUUCGGCAUCUCUCCUGCCACGAGCUCCCCCCAGUUCUCAUCCCACCUCAGCAAACACGAGUAGCUCUGGCCGAGACUGAGCAUCUGCUAUUGGCAAUUGCCUCAUUGUAGCUUUGCCUUUUUCUGUCCUAGUAUUUCCUCACAACGAUGAUGUUUACAUGUGAUUGCUAUAGAGCUUAUGUAGAAUGUAUAUAGCGACACAUUUAGGGUGGGUAGUACUGUCCUGUGCUGUGCUGAUGUUUUUCAGAAAACGAUCAAUCCAAAAAAACCAACAAAAAAAAGCAAAGUAAGUGGAAUUCUUCCAUCUCCCGCUCAGCCGGGGGCACCGAGCCCCCACGGCCGGGCCCCGCUGGGGAUGCAUCAAGCGUGGCAGAGGGGUUAGUGCAGAGCUGGGGGGAGCCCUCUCUUGGGGGAUCACUCAGUCGCUUCCCAAGCAUUGGUUUUGGUGUACCCAGAUACAAAAUUUCCCAUUGUUUUCCUGCGGCUGGGCGCCCCAGGUCGUCCCGCAGCCCCUGCCCGUGCCUGGCUUCUGGAUAUCAAGGCCGGUGCUCGGGAAGGGGAGGGCUCGUCCUGCACAGAGCCGAUCAGUACUGCACCCGUAGGGUAGGAAGAGAUGCAAUAAGUGGUCUUUGUGGUGCCUGAAGCCUAUAAGUGGGGUUGGGCUUUUGGUUUUUUUUUUUUGGUUUGGGGUUUUUUCUUUUUUUUUUUCCAUUAAAUCGGGAUGGUUUGUUUUCCCUCCUCCCCCAAGAAAUUUCUCCAGGACUUACGCACUAUGCACAGAGGCGUGCAAGGCGCAGAGGCACAACUGUGGCUGGGGCAGCCCUCUGCUGCUGCCCGCGCCUGCCAGCCCGUCGCUGCAGCAGGGAAAAGCAGGGGGCACGCGCCGCCAGCCCCAGGGGCUUCCCCUGACUUUUAGGACUGGGUGAGAGUCGCGGGUGUUCAGCUCAAGAAGCACAGGUCUGCUGGCUUUAGAAUUCCUCAUGCAGGGUUUGUGGUGGAAAAUAAGUUUCUGCUUGAUUUUUUUUUUUUUUUUUUUUAAUAUAAAGGUGUCUGUAGCUCACAGUGCUCGAGUCUGCACAGGGGCAGGAAGGAGGGCUCGGGCAGAAGGGGCAGGUGAGAGCUCACUCCCUCAGCGACCUGUGACUAUGACUGUUUUGGAUGCUAAUGGGGAAAUGGGGCAGGAGGCAGGGAGAGGCAGCCCGCACCACCGGGGAAGCAAGAGGCACCCAGCGCUUUGCGGGGGCUGCGGGGGCUGCAGCUCAGAGCUGGGCACCCCGAAAAGGGAACCCUUGCACCCCGGUCCCCACGGCAGCCCCGGGAAGCUGCCCCCCGCCGCCUGCGAGGGCCGGGGCUGCGGGGUGGGUAGGAGCGCUACUUCAAAGAGAAACUGGGAGCAAAAGGGUAUGUUACGGUAGGCAAUAAGUAAGGAGGAGAUUUAUUUUUUUAAAAAUAUAUAACUAUAGAAUGUCCCUCAGUAGUUCCCUGCAGGUACUGUGGGGAAAUGCUGAAUGUGAAGAGUUUCGUGACAAAAAAGCCCCUUUGCUUUUUUUGCACAGAUUUGCCCCAGAAAAGCUCAUUGUUCAGGGUAGGGUACCAGGUUUCUGGUGGGAAUCCUGUGGGUCCCUGGGGCUCCGCAGGAAGGAGCAAAUGUUUCUGAGUGUCUGGGCUGAACGCAGAGGACAAUCCCGGGUUUUCGGUUCAGUGCUGCCCCAAAGAAAAGGUUUAUCCCAAUUCCUACUCAGCACAGCUGGCUGGGCUGCACAUCUUCUUUCACGAAGUGGCAGUUCAGUCACCACAUUACAGUCUUGAGUGUCUGAUUUCAGCACUGGUCCGUGCAAAGGAGUGUUGCAAUUGCAGACCAGAACUUUUUUUUCUUUUUUUUUUUUCUGUUUUGGUUUUUUUUUCUUUCUUUUUGGAGGUAUGCUGAAUACUGAGAUACAUUGUUGUUCAUAGCUGAGCCCUGAUACCCUUUCUGUUCUAAGCGUCGUAGUCCAUCCCCGACAAUCUCAAGCAAUAUAGAGCCAAAUGCAGCCUUUGGGUUUCAUUCCUCUUCCCUCGCCCACCCUGGGGUCAGGGGUGGCAGCGGCAGCCUGGCCGCAGCACCCACGGCCACGGCCACAGCACCGAGCCGAGAGCCACGCUGCGGUAAACGCUGAGUUAGGGAGGGAGUGUGUGUAUGCAUGUGAGAAAGAGAGAGAAAGAUUAAAUUGAUGCAUUUCUUGAGAAAGGUGUAAGAAUUUCACCUAAAAAGGGGCACAUCUGCUUUGUUAUUUAUAAAAAAAAAGCUAAAUUCUGUCUUUUUCUUCUUUUUUUUUAAGUAAAAGGACACUGCUAAUAAUUAUUAGGGGCCAAUUCUGCCUCCCUUCCUCAUGCUGAGUAAGUACUACUUAACUCUGCAAUUUUCUACUUGCAGAGUAAGUAGAAGUAGCAGAAUUGAUCCCUCUGUGAUUAAGAAUCAAGUUUUUAGUCUGGUUUUUUUUUUUAAUUGGUAGUGGUUUUUUAUAUUUUACUUAAUUUUUUUCCCCAGUUCCGUUCCGUUGUGUCCUUAUUUAUGUAAUAUACUUUAACCUUAAAAGAUGGCAUGGAUUCUUAUGCCUUUCCUUUAUUAUUAUUGUUAUUAUUUUUAAAAAAAGAGAUUUAUUUCUAGUGUGAUUUAACUGUCUACCUUCUAAAACGAGAGAACGUUUUCUUGUAUUUUUACAUUGUCAGAUUCUAUAGUUUCAUAGAUAAUUUAACCAAAUCGCUCAAUGUAUUAUCUAUAUCUAUCUGGUGGGUAUAAAAGUUCUAUUUUAAAUUGUGUAAAUACUUCAGAACUGGCUUCUUUUUCCAGACUCCCCUGCUGUGGAGUUACUUGUUUACAUCAAAAAGACUGUAGAAUCUCUACGCUCAUGUACUGUAAAUAGUGAAGUGAUCUGCCUAUAACUAAAUGAUAACGUAUAUACUAUAAAGUGGAAAGAAAAAAAAAGGAA